UUUUGCUUCGCCGUAGUCAGUAAAAAAAAAAAGAUAAAGAUAUGUAACCGCAUAGGGUCUGUGCGUGGUAACCGUAACGCGAUGGAUGGCCCGGAUUAUCAUCGGCUUUGAAUUUAACCUCAAUACUCAACCAAAUUUGUUCAACUCGGGAACAUUAAGAACUUGUGAAAUAACAAGAUGAAAACCAAGGCAAAGCAGCCAUCGAGGAGCCCUCCAAAACAUUGGAAGUUUUUUGUAUUGUUUGGUGCUCAUGUCGGUCUUCUUCUGAGUGUCGGGCCAGCAAAGGUUCUAGGAGUGUUUCUUGUCAGAUUCAAGGAAGAGUUUGAUUCAAAUUCAGGAGUGAUGGGGUUAAUUACAACAUUAACAUUGUUCUUCCUUUCUAUAGCAGGUCUUGGUGCUAGUAUGUUGUGCAAGAGAUAUAGCUGCCGGAUAGUGACAAUGGCAGGAGGACUUGUAAUUGGUCUCGGACUGAUUCUGACAUCGUUUGCAAGAAAUAUAUUUCAACUUAUUUUGUUCAUUGAUGUUUUAACAGGCGUUGGGAUCGGACUUACUGGUAACCCAUGUUUGGUUGUGAUUGCUUACUACUUUGAUAAAAAUUACGCAACAGCAAAUGGUGUUGCUAUGGCAGGAGUCGACCUAGGCAUUGUUCUCUUACCUCCAUUGGCAGACUACUUAUCAGAAUUGUAUGGAUGGAGAGGCGCAUUGUUAAUUUUAGGUGCUAUUUCUAUGAACGUUACGGCAAUGGGAUCACUAUUUCGCCCAAAUCCACGUAUCAAAGAGGGAAUUUCUGAUAGAGCUGGCAGAAUUGAGGAAUAUGAUGAUGCUAAUCCUGGAGAAUCUGUCAUUAUGCUUGAAAAUCAUGAGACAGUUCGUAAUAUGAAGGUUGGCGGUAUCAGUGACUCUGCUGUCACUGAGCUCACAGACAGUCAAACUGUGCCUAAAAGCCAGGCAAAACUUUUGAAUGAGACUGAAGGCUAUCAAAACACAGAUUCCUCCUCUGCACAUGAAUCUUUCGUUUUUUCUGCGUCAGAAGUAAAUAAUGAGGGUGGGCCUAGCAAUUCCGACGACACAGUAUCUCGGAUGCAUGUUUCUGUUAUAAAGAAAUUUUUUAAUUCUAUGGAUCUGUCUCUCUUUUUAUUACCAAAGUAUCUGAUGUUUAUGCCUGUAACUUUGAUUGUGGGAAUGGCGAAUGCAGGUGUCUUAGCCCACAUUGUAGCCAGGGGUGUCUCAGAGGGCAUUGCACCUUUCUCAGCAGCUUUCCUCCUCUCUGGAAUUGGAUUAACAAGUAUGGUAGCUCGAGCCACUCAUGGUAUAAUCAUCGAUAAAGGUUUAUUGUCAGCUGUACGUCUGUACACUGUAGCUCUGACCUUGGGCUCUGUCUUUACAUUUCUGUCUCUGUUCUGCAAGAGCUUCCCCUCUUUCCUGAUAUACAGCUUGUGCUAUGGAUGUGUGUGCGGAAUAUUUCAAAGUGCUUCCAUACCAAUUGCAAAGAGUGUUGUUCCUUCCAGCAGGUUGUCCGGGGCUGUUGCAUGGUUAUUCAUCUUUCGAGGCAUUGGAGGAUUCUUAGGUGGUCUCAUACCAGGAUUGCUUUUUGAUGCGACUGGUGAUUAUGAUCGUUCAUUUCAAGUGAUAGCAGGUUGCUUUUUAUUGGCUGCAAUUCUGAUGGCUGCUUUUUCAUAUGGUAAAGGACACAAAAAACGCAGAGAAUCAAAGACGCUGAGCCCAGUUGAACUGCAUUUGCAGGAGUGUGUCAGUAUUUGAAAAAUAUUUUUAGUUCUAAAUAUAGUCCAUCCAAUUGUGCAUUAAAUCCCCAUUCCCGGCAAAUUUCACUAAAAUACAUAAUUUUUUUAUAGAAAAAAUGCAUAUGCAUUACUCUAAUUAUUAUAAACCAUGAACAAAUAUUGGCAUACAUUUUAGUUUUACACAAAGGAUAAAAAAAUUAUUUCUCAUAGGAGAUUACCGUUUUCUAGAAGACUUCUUCAUUAAUAGGCAAAUUCCGAGGUUGUAGAUUGCAUCCGCUGAGAUGCUCUCGCUUUUGCGUGUACUUUAUGCAGUCAAGCCUAGGUAGGCAGGGUGAUUUUUUCAUGCCAUGAACUCUCAUAAUAAGAUAUUUUAAUUCAUCCCACAAUUAAUAAAAAAAAAAAAAAAUGAAUUAAUCUGUUUUACUGAACUGUCUACAUUGCCGAUAUGAUAGUGAGCGAUAAAUAAAGAGGUCCGGCUCUAAUGAGAUUAGUUUUUGUACUUCGCAUCGGGUCAUGACAAAGUGCGAGCCAAUGCGCGAGCCAUGCUAGCCAUACAUUUAAAUCUUUUUUUUUCCACCAAGG